AUGAGCCCCACCGACGAAGCAAAAAAAGCAGCUGCUGUCGAGGCAGUGGACACCUGCAUUCGUUCUGGCAUGCGCGUCGGCCUCGGAACAGGCUCGACGGCUUCCUUUGCGGUGCAGCGCAUCGGGGAACGCAUCAGAGAGGGCGACCUGACGGGUAUCACUUGCGCCGCUACGAGCGAAGAAACCCGCAGACUGGCCGAGCCCCUUGGCAUCCAAUUGCUUCCAUUGGACUCUAUCGAACUGCCUCUGGACGUUACUAUUGACGGAGCAGAUGAAGUGCUCAAUACUGGCUCGCAGCUGGUCCUAAUAAAGGGCCGCGGGGGUGCGCUGCUGCGGGAGAAGCUGGUUGAGAUUAACUCCAAGUCCUUUGUCUGUGUAGCCGACGAGGGAAAGCUGGUGAACCCCACUUCCUUCGGAACCACUGGGGCCGUGCCCUUAGAAGUGGUGCAAUUCGGAGCUAGGACCACACGGCUAGCGGUGCUAUCCGCGGUUCUGUCUGUCUUGGAGAAGAGGGCACAAGGGGAGGAUGGUGCAGUUUCCCUUGAGGGGGGCUAUCUCGACGUUAGAGCUGUUGAGGAAGCUGCAGCGGCAAAGGGCGUAUCUGCAGUGUACAGGCAGAAGAAGGGCAGCACAGAGUUGUUCGUCUCGGACAACGGCAACUACUGCCUAGACCUCUUCUUUAAGAGUCCAAUUCCCGAUCCUCAGCGAUUGCACGACAGACUCAUCAAGGUGGUGGGGGUCGUCGAAACGGGCAUCUUCCUCGGCAUCAGCAAAGUCUGCAUCAUUGGACAUCUCUCUGGGGCCGUAACCAGGCUCUCUGUCUGA